AUGUCCUUUGUAUUUUCUAAUUUUUUUGUACAUGCUGCAGUCUUUAAACAAUCGCUUCUCUUACAGCUUAUGUAUCUAUUUUAUGUUUACAACGGUUACGUGACAUACAAAGUUAGACGUUUCAUAUUGCAAAUGGAAACUUGUAUUCGAAAUAUGCAUCAACUGAAUAUACCGAUGAAUUUGUCAAAGCAUUUUUUACAGCAAUAUUAUAUAAUUUUAUUUUUGGUCUUCAUCUUAAUUGCGAUAAUAAUAAUGGAUUAUAGAUGGAUAAAAUUAUUGGGAAUUAAUCCCGCACUAAUUUUUGGUUUUUUCUAUCUCGAAAUUUAUCCCUUUAUCACAUGGUUAAUACCCGAUGUUACUUUCGCAUUUUGGAUAAGGAUUAUAAAAACAAAAUUUAUUCAAUUGAACGAACUACUGAAAGGUAUGCUUACCACUACCAUCGAUUCCCCGCAACAUAAAAGAAUACUUUGGAUGAGGAACAAGAACAGUAAUUCGCCAUUAUCUACUAUUCAUCAAACGGAUAAUCCGAGCAAAGAUGUUAUCACUAUUAAAAAUGCCAAGGCGAUACAUUUGGAAUUAAUCAAGUGUGCUAGGAAUAUAAACGAUGCGUACGCCUUACACAUUUUAUUCUCUAUAUCACUAGUUUUUGUUUUAAUCACUAUUACAGCUUACCAUGUGUAUUAUUACUUAUUAACUAAUUCGUACCGUACGCACCCUCUAAAUUCCUGUACUUAUUUAUUUUGGUUUUUUUACUUCGGUAUCAAGAUCAUCAUUGUAAGUCACAUAUGUGCAGAAACUGUAACGGAGAUCCAUGACUUUACUCUACAACUUAUCCAAAAUCCACUGUCAUUUACAAUAUAUGGCCUUGUUGAUCUGGAUUAUACAUUGAUUCGUACUGUCAUCGGUACUGUCACAAUAUACCUUGUUAUUCUCCUUCAAGUUGGAAACGUACCACCAGAAUUUUCCACUACAAAUUCAACGUUAUCAACUAAUGAUUCGAAAGAAAUUUAA